GCUCUGAUGGAUGGCCAGCUCGUUGACAUGUGGACCCUGCAAAGCUGAAAUGGCGCACUCAAGUUUAAAUCAAUACCUGCAGCAGCUUGAAAAUGCCCUCAACAGGAGAGAUGGCCCAACAGCAGCGGAACUGUUGUCUUUUAAGCAUCCCCACAUUGCCAACCCAAAGUUACAGCGACUGGAGAGUCCAGAGAGCCAGUGUGAGCAGUGGUUCGACCAGCCCUACGAUGAGAUGAUUGCUGCACAUUUGAAAUGUAUCCAGUGUGUUGCCAACCAUGACUUCGUGGAAGCCUAUGCCUACCAGUCCGUAGUUGUGCAAUCAUUUAACAAAAUAUUCCAGAGCCACAAAGAUGAGAACUGGGCUCUACCGAUCAUGUAUGGAGUCACUCUUGACCUGAGGUUAUUUGCCAACAGCGCCGAUGCGCAACUUGCCAAGAGAGGCAAGGGCAAACCGGGGGAGAAACUGGAGAAAGCAGCCGACACCCUGAUGGGGUGCUUCAGAAUAUGCGCAGCCGACAGUCGAGCAGCAGUUGAAGACUCUAAAAAGUGGGGGAUGCUCUACCUGGUGAAUCAACUCUUCAAAAUUUACUUCAAGACCAACAAUCUUCAGCUUUGUAAGCCGCUGAUCCGAGCCAUCGACAGCUCCAGUCUCAAGGACCAGUUCAGCAUCUCCCAGCGGGUCACGUACAGGUACUACGUAGGCAGGAAAGCCAUGUUUGACAGUGACUUCAAGAGCGCUGAAGACUUCUUAACCUUUGCAUUCCAGCGAUGCCAUGGAGCGAGCAGACAAAACAAAAGGCUCAUCCUGAUCUACCUCCUUCCCGUCAAAAUGCUUCUGGGUCAAAUGCCAAAGAUCGAGCUCCUUCAAAAGUACGACCUAAUGCAGUUUGCGGAUGUGGCCCGGGCCGUUAUCCAGGGCGACCUGAAACUCCUCAACAGUGCCAUCGAGACUCACGAAGCGUUCUUCGCCAAGUGUGGUGUCUACCUCAUUGUCGACAAGCUGAAAAUCAUCACCUACCGCAACCUGUUCAAGAAAGUAUACAUGCUCACUAAGUCAUUCCAGCUCAGCAUCGACAGGUUUGUCGUGGUGCUGACCUACCUAGAAAUUGAAGAUGUAGACUCCGCCGAAGUGGAGUGCAUUCUGGCUAAUCUUAUCUACCAGGGUUACAUCAAGGGUUAUAUCUCCCAUCAGCACCAGAAGUUGGUUGUGAGUAAACAGAACCCCUUCCCUCCGCUGGCCUCCUUCCUUUGCUGAUGAUUGAGACCCUGGGAUGGAGGAGAGGCUCACCACACCCUCUCGGGGUUGCCAUGGUUACCUCAAGGGUAGCAUUUUUGUCAGUGGCAGCACCUGUUUGGCAGUAAGCAAAUGCCUUCUCUUGGCUUGGCUCAUUUCUCUGCCGAUGAGGUGGAAGGAAAGCAGCACUCGCCGUUCAUUGCCAGGGAUCUGCUAAGGCCUACAAAGACAAUCAGCGCUAUGGACUUGCGUGUACCCUCUUGUCUUGACCAAUACUUAGGUACACGUAGUUGGUUACAGAUAUGGAAUGUACACGUAGUUGGUUACGGAUAUGGAAAUUAAAAAAAAUUAACGGGUGACUACAACCCUUUUGAAUUGAAUUCAGUUGAAUGUGUGUGAGAGUGAUGGAACAAAAAAGACCAUAGGCAUGUCCAUCCGUACCAGUUCAACAGCAUGUUGUGUGGAAUAUCUGACACACGUUAUGGAUGAUCCACUGACCUGGUCUAGGUCUCAGUGCCUGGCAGAGGACUGUGCUUAUGCAUGGAGAUCAUUGCCUCUGUGUAUUCAGUGACCACACUAAGACCCCAAGAAACUUACUUGGACCUACUUUGUGCUAUAUAUUGCUGUUACAGUACAUGAACAAGAGUGCCUACGCAAGUGUUCCAUCAUAAGGGAGGUUAUUGUUGGGUGACAGCUGUAGCCUGGUUCAGUUGCGUAUUGUGCCCGUAAAAUUAGCCUAAAAGGUGUUUUCGUUUGAUAGCUAAAACAGCCUGAAACCUUUGUCAGACUUACCAGAAACUAUGUGGUUGUUAUUUUCACACUCUCAAAUGUCUUUUAACCAUGGCUCUCUUCCAAACGAACAUUUAAGAUCUGUUGCCAUGCGAUGUUUUGAAACAAAGAUGCAGGGAACCACUUCACUGCACACUCUGCCCCUUGUUUGGUCACAUUGCCCCCUGCACAUACCUACAUACAUGUACAUACAUACUGUACAUGCACUCCUAGACGUUAAUGGCUGGACAACACUUGACUUACAACUUCAACUGCCUUUCAGUUGAAGCGGUUGCUUAUUUUUGUCUUUGUGCUGCGAAAAAAAUCUUUGGUCUUGAUGUGUGGGUUCACAAAUAACAUCCAUCACAUCUUUCUUUUUGAAUCCUUUAAAUUUCCUUUUCCCGUUCGGAAGACAGUAUAGAAAGAAUCGAAAAGGCAUCACAUCAUUGUCCUCUGCUUGAAACACCUUGGAGUAUGUAUAGUUGAAUAUUAAGAGACGUUAAUUUGUAUAA